AAAUGCGCGCCUCAUCAGUGCGGUUCAACUCAUUCCGCGCGUUAAGUCGAUAUUCCGGUCCGUCAAGAGUCAGCUGAUCAAUCUUAUUCCUGUCUACUUACAUUACCAGAAAACAUGUCGGGAAAGGAUAAACUUCCUAUUUUCCCCUCUCGGGGAGCUCAAAUGCUAAUGAAGUCUCGAUUGGCUGGUGCACAAAAGGGCCAUGGCCUGCUCAAGAAGAAGGCUGAUGCUCUGCAAAUGCGUUUUAGGAUGAUUUUGGGAAAGAUCAUUGAGACAAAAACAUUGAUGGGUGAAGUGAUGAAGGAAGCUGCCUUUUCUCUUGCAGAAGCAAAAUUUGCCACAGGUGAUUUUAACCAAGUGGUACUGCAGAAUGUUACAAAGGCACAAAUCAAGAUACGCUCAAAGAAGGAUAAUGUUGCUGGUGUCAAUCUGCCAGUGUUUGAGUCCUACCAAGAUGGUACGGACACUUAUGAGCUGGCUGGUUUAGCUCGAGGUGGUCAACAGUUGGCAAAGUUGAAGAAAAAUUACCAAAAAGCUGUGACACUGCUAGUGGAACUAGCUUCAUUGCAGACCAGCUUCGUCACUCUAGAUGAGGUUAUUAAAAUCACGAAUCGCCGUGUCAAUGCCAUCGAGCACGUCAUCAUUCCAAGAAUUGAGAGGACCCUUGCCUACAUUAUCUCCGAGCUUGAUGAGCUUGAAAGAGAAGAGUUCUACCGCUUAAAGAAGAUUCAAGACAAAAAGAAGGCAGCUAAAGCUAAAGUGGAAGCUCUGAGAGCGCAAAUGAUUGCAGCUGGACGUGACACAAGAGACGUUGCCAAUAUGUUAGAUGAGGGUGAUGACGACAUACUGUUUUAAAUCUGUAAUAUCGUUCAAUGAAGGAAUCGCCGUGAAUUUUAUUUGAAAAAUGCUACAAAAACACAAAUCUGGCGGAGGUUAAUAUAAAGCUCCCUAGUCUCGAUCACAGACUCGUUCCUUCUAUCCCGUUUUUUUUUGUUUUUUUUUAAAGAAUAUCGUUAUUUUCUUCCUUCCUUGUUAAUAAAAAAUUUUUUUCUGUCUUUGAGGUUUACGCGAUGGUAUUAUUAAAAAACAAUUGUUACUUAUAUAUACUAUAAUUUACAAGAGCAAUGCAAGAGCUUGCAAGCUCUGGUGUUCAAUGUUUGAGACGAAGGAAACUAUUAGGUAUCUGUUUUAAGUCUUCUUUCUCAAGCUAACUAUAAACUUAUGCAAAUUAGAAUGUACAUUUUAAAGAAAUGAUAAAUAUAUAUAAUCAAUGUUUUACUUUAUUGCAAAAUUUAGGACGUCUGUAUAAAAAAUGAAUUUGCGUCGGCUAAUAUCGACCGACACUUGUCAUUAAUGAAUGAGAAAUGUUCAGUAUUGUAUUAUUAAUGUAAAUAUGUACUGUGCAAGUUGGACAAUUUCAAAAUCGUACAAUAAAACUUGU